UCAUCGAUGCCAAAGUUGAGACCCUUCUUGAACCGAGAAAUGAACCGCAGAAUCACAAACACGGCUGCUAGAACCGUCACCGCAAUCGUCUCCCGCCGAAGUUGCGGCUGCUGGCUCUCGUUGAGAUCCGCCAUCUCGACGAGACGAGGAAAAGAACCCGACAAAAAGGAAAAGGAAGGGAGGAAAGAAAAGUCAAUCGAUAUAUGCCAUUAUUAUACGAAUCCCAGCGGCAGAAGAAAAGACCCUGCCAAGGGGCGAGAAAAUCCCAAAUACGGAUGGCUGUGA